ACGACCUACUGCAGAGAUGGAUACAUAUUAUCUUGGCGUGUCUAUCAUUCGUCAUUUGUUCUUCCGGAGUGACUACUGCCGGUUGUUCGGACGGGUUAGGACUGAACUAUACUUUACCAAUGUUCCACGAAUGUCAACUUAAGCUUCAUUCAGAUGGCAGUUUGGCACAGACCAUUCCCAAGAUCAUAGGCCUACCUGAUGCUUCGUUGGGCAGUGCUUCUUGUCAUAGGGAUAGUAGACUGAACAUCCCUCCAGGAUAUAGGGUGUGCAGAUUUCCAGAUUGUGAGAGGAAUCGCUGUGGAAACGGCUGGUGUGAAGAGACUAUAGACACCUAUGUAUGUCAUUGUUCAGAUGGUUAUCAAGGGAAAUAUUGCAACGAAGAAUCCACAAUAACAGUGACGACUGUAACAGAUUCUACGACCAAACAGCCAACAACUACUCAAUCAACAACGGCAACUAUGACUACGACAGAACCGGGGAUAGCACAGCCAACUACAACUCAAUCACUUACAACGACGAUGACUACGACAGAAUCCACAACAACUACUACUCAAUCACUUACGACGAUGACUACUACAGAAUCCACAACCACUCAGCCAACACCUACUACUCAGCCAACCACACCAAUGACAACUCCGACAGAAUCCACGACCACACAGCCAACAACUACUCCGAUGGCAACUACGACGGAAUCCGCGACUACUCAACCAACGACAACCACUGAACCAACUACGACGAUGACUACGACAGAAUCCACGACCACACAGCCAACAACUACAACUCCAGUGGCGACAACCACGACCCCACAGCCAACAACAACUACUGAUGCCACCACCACGCAGCCAACAACUACAACUCCGAUAACUGCAAAGAUCUUUGUUACGGAUCUGGACGACGACCAGAUACAUGUUGCCGAUCUGGAUGGCAGCUUAGCAUUUAGUUCUAUCCCUUCUUCCUCUAAACCUCGUUAUAUCACUUAUGACUCUGUGGAUCAGAAGAUCUACUGGACAGAUCUUGAUGAUAAUCAAGUUUAUCGGGCCAACGAGGAUGGUGGAAAUAAGGAGACGGUCACCUCUCAAAGCUCCGACGAACUAAGAGGAGUUGCUGUCGCCACGACUUCUCGCACUUUCUACAUUGCCAAUAAGAGCCCACGGAAAAUAACAUCUGUUUCUAUUGCAUCAGGAACCGCAUUACCUGGGACUGUGGUGGACUUUGCAACAGGGCUAUCUGACGAGCCUUAUGCAGUGGCAGUGGAUGAGACCAAUGGAUUCAUAUAUUGGACAUUGAAAGACGGCAAGAUCCAACGCAAACCAAUACCUGGGCCUGCUGGUAUCAUAGAAUCGGUGUAUUACGACUCAUGUUUAACUGAAAUCACUGGACUCAGCAUUGAUAGUAGCCGAGAUCCGCCGCGCAUAUUUUUCAGCGAUUUCGGUGACGAGAGUUCCUUUUACAUGGAUGUCAGCGAGCCUCUAAACACAAAUACCGCUGAAGAUCUGACCACUCACAUGAGCGAUAAUGACGUCAGUGGUACAAAAGAACGAAAGAAGUUGAGCGAUAUUAUCUACUUCAAUGGCGUCCUGUAUUGGGCGAAGGAAGACAGUCCUUCCGGGAUCGCCACCAUGAUGAACUACGAUCAAAGCAGCCCAUCAUUCAACUUAGAAACUAUAAAUAAUAUUGGGAAGCCCUUUCAGUUUGUCAUCACCAAUACAGAUGAAUAACAACGGAUAUGAUAAUGUUGGUUGCUUUUAAACUUUUUAACAGAAAAUAAUCAUUACAUUUACCUUUACAGUUUGGCCACAGGGCAGGUACAGAAAGGUGUUGUAUGAUAUUCUGAAGUUAGAACAGGUUGCUCCAUUUUGACAGGGAUCAGAUUCACACAGGUUUCCGUAGAGAGCAAAAUAUCUACAUUUAAAAAACAAACUUUCGAGCAAUGUAUCUUAUUUCUCAUAUGAAAAAUGCCAAGAACACUGAAUUUUACGCAAUUAGGCUUACUGUUAACAAGCUGUGCAACUUGAUCAGGAAUUGUAAUAUCCUUUCCAAGUUAUGCUUAUAUUUAUCACAUUUAACUCAUUACAUGAAACCAUCAAUUUCACUAACCAAUGUACAGGAAUCUGGUUUGACUCUCCAAUAAUUCCAUAAAUUUCCGGACAUAGUUCAAUGUGCCCGACGUGCAUGCGUGGGACUACUAUCUGAUAGUAGCUCCACCAUGUCCAUUGUGCUUUCAGUGGUAUGAAUAAUAUAUUUUUUUGAAUCAUAUAUUUAAUAUUCCUAUUUGCUGCACUUUUCAACAACUCAGAGCUGAAUUUCUAUUUUGAUGUAUUAUUAUAUUGAUAGAAAAUGUACAUGAAUUUUAUUGAUACUUAUGUAAAUAAUAUCAGAAGAGGGAAUUAGGUUUAAUCGUCAAAGAGCUUUACAAUAGAAAAGAAAAUAUGAUCGUUAAGAGUUGCUUAAAAUACAUGUUGGUAUAUUACUUUGAAUCACACUUAGAUGUGAAUUAAUCUUACCACGUUAAGCAUCUCCAUGGUCAUAAUGGCUUUGGCUGCGAGACAGUUUACGUAAAAUUCAUCCAUCGAUGAAAGAGCCAUUUAUGCGAGAAGACUGUUUACCUGACACCAUUAUUCAAUUCAAUUCAUUUAUUUAUUUAACCAUCAAAAGGAUAAAAGCAGUACAAUUUAGUAUUAACAAAGUACCAGGAAAAAAAACAAGUUGAUGGUUUGGAGACCCCGGAGAAGCGAUGCUUAUAAAAGGGGUCACCACGAUACAUUAAUACAUUACAAAUAACAAGUGUGAAGUAAAGUAUAAUUCAGAUUAUUUAAAACAAUGACAGAAAAAUGCAAUAUAAUGUGGUUUGAUCAAAUGAUAUCUAGACAAUUGUUUUGUUGUUUAUGUUGUUAACAUUAUAAUCAUUUGAUCUUAAUCAUUCUUACACAAUACACUGUAUUCAGGUUCGGACUGCUAAAUCACGCGGCCUGUUGUUCUCGAAUCUUGUUAAAAGAUGGAAAUAAUGCAUCCUAGAUUAUUGUCAGAAUGCAGUGAAUGUUCCUUAAAUAUAAGCUGUUUCCUUUGCUUACAUUAGAAUCUAAUAUGUGCCUUAUGGGGUAUCGACAUCAUUUUCUCUAUUACAAGUAGAUUUAGAGAUAGACCUACCAUGUCCAUAAUUCCAAGGUAUGUGCCAUAACCUACACAUGUUGUGCUGUAAGAGCUGCUCCUUAUAUCACUAGGCAAAACUGUUGUCAGUUUUGCUACUUUACAUUCACAUCUCAUUGCGCGUGUGUCGGAUUUCUAUUUUUCGUGUUAAGCGCUAUCAUGGCUAUGGAAAUCUUGUUAUUGCUUCAAAGUCUAUUACAUUUGACACUCUACAGAUCUUCCGUACCGACAUAUUUACAUAAUAUUUUAUCUAUAGGGUUCGAAAAUUUUUACACAAACUUUAACCUGGAUACAGCUCGAAAUAUUUUUUUCUGAUUUUUUUUUUAAGUGGCAUAAUGAGGCAAAACUCAGUGGCCCAUAUUCUAAGCUAACACUUCUAUCAUUUGAAUUGUCAUCAUCAUCAUCCACUGUUUGCUAAAAAUUAUGGGGAGCCAAAAUUCAAAAAAUUUGUUUAUAUUUCUUGUGUUUACUAUUUUCUUUCCUUUUGCUUUCAUAAUCGAAGAAAAAUACUUCAGUUAUCAUUCCCAGACAAUUAUGAACAAUUUGGGUGUCAUAUGAGUUGAUAAAUGGAAUGUGUACUGUAAGGGAUUUAUGCCCCAAUUGGCUCUCCAUAGUUAAACCACAAAAAAAAACCGGUUAAGUUUUGAUAACGGUGCACUGAUAUUGAGUGCAAAUGAGUCAACAAAUGAUUAUUGUCUAUAUCAAUAGUCGAUAAUCCAAUGACUUUGGGUUAUAAAAAGUCAAAGGCCUAUAUGCCGGUCAGAUAUCAAAGAGGGAGCGAGACUGUGUGUUGUCUCUCAUUUACUGUGUGCAAAAAAUGAUAAGUCUUAAAAUAAUAUACCUUUUGUUUGUUUUAUUUUUAUUUCUGCGUUCACAAUUGUCAAAAUAUUUACAAUGUUUGCAAUAUACAAAAUAAGCAGUAAUGUAUAUAAUAUAAUCAUAAUUAGAACAAAAAAUUGUGUGAGCAUUUACUUCUUAUUUUGAUAAAAAUAAAAAAGCAACAUUAACAAAUUAACUCAGGAGACCGCCAUCGUGGGCGGUUAAGCUUGAAAUUGAUGGUGGCCUCAUAAAGCGGGUUCGUGACUAAGAUUGAUAUUUACUGAUCAAGUGGGUGCAAUGCAGGUGUAGGUGCGGGUGCUGUAGAUAGCAUUAGAAUAUUAUUUAUCAGAAAAAACGUUAAGUGGCUAAUAACAUGAAUAAGGAUUAAUUUGAAGCAUGGGAUGAAUAAGAUUGAAUGAUAUUUCUUUUACGAGUUGCUUUUAAGGAGUAUAAAGUGGAACAAGAUUUAAUAUUGUCUGCAAGAUUAUUCCAAAAGGUCUGGACCAUGAUGUCGAAUUGAUUUAGAGGUAACUAACAGUCUGUGUUUCGUGACAUGAAAGUUUCCAGAUGUACGAGUCGGGUAGGUAUGGACAGAACUAUUGAAUUUAAACAUGUCGUCAAAUGACGAAGGGAGUAGAUAUAUUAGUAAUAUAGAAGAGAAAAAAAUCAGCAUGUGAUUCAAUUAGUGGUGAGAAACUAAAUGUUUUAGGGUAAAUGUGCUUGUUUUGCCACUUGGUAACAUAAUGAUUAAUUAAAUACUUAAUAACAUAAUUAUUAUUUUUAUACAAGGCUACACUGCUAAGAAUGUUGCAUGAUGGGUAACGAACCUGCCCAAAUACGAGUAGUGUAGGAAUUGAGGUGUGGCUAUUACGGCUUCUGGCUGUCAUGGCAAUACGCCCUUUGAAGGAAAUUCCAGUGAAAGUUAUUUGAUACCAUUAUUUACCCACAAAAAUAAAAGUUUUGGUUAUCAGUAUCCCCCAAGACUGACCAAUAAAUCGAUAUUGAAAGAUAUAGUUAAAGCAGAUGCGGUAGUACACAGUGCUUAGAAACUAUGUACAUGUUGCAGCUUAUUGAUAUUAUUAAACGGAUAAAUCUAUUCAGUCGAAUUUUGACAAAUGAUUAACAACUGUUUAAUGAAGAUCCCAGUUUGAUAGAUUCACAGUAAAGAAUGCACAUGUCUUUAUGUUCAAAAGUUUGUUUGUAUAUGGUUUGAACUCUGAUUGAUUCUAUAAAUCUUCUCGAAAAAUCUUGAAAUCCAUCUAAACCCAAACCGGCGAUGAGUGAUAACCCACUUAGUCAUGUAAUACUUUGAUGUGUGACUUUGUUAUCUCUGGCAUGAUUGUCAAUAAAGUGAAUGAUUUUAAUCA